UGCUGAAAGAUCUGGUCGCAGAGCGGGGAAAGCUGUAAUCGUAACUCCAGAGUGCUUCUAUCUCAGCAGCAUCACUGGAACAGCUCUGUUAUCCUCUAGCGCCAGCCCAGCCAGCAAUAGAAAGCAGAUGAAGUCGUCUGAUAUUGACCAAGAAUUAUUCACUGAAAGCUAUUGCAAAGUGUGCAGUGCUCAGCUAAUAUCAGAAUCUCAGCGGGUGGCACAUUAUGAGAGUCGGAAACAUGCGAGCAAAGUGAGACUUUACUACAUGCUACAUCCCAUAGAUGGAGGCUGCCCGGCCAAGAAGCUCCGAUCAGAAAACGGCAGUGAUGCCGACGCAGUGGACAAGAACAAAUGCUGCACGCUAUGUAACAUGUCCUUCACCUCGGCAGUGGUGGCCGAAUCACAUUACCAAGGCAAAAUCCAUGCCAAACGGUUAAAACUGUUGCUAGGUGAACAGCCAGCACUAAAGGCCACAGAAACCACUCUGAGUUCACUAAAGCAGCCACAUGCGGAUAGUUCUCCUGUGGUGUCUUCACCUCACCAAAGAAGAGACUCAGACAGGUACUGCCAGCUCUGUGCAGCCUGGUUCAAUAACCCCAUGAUGGCACAACAACAUUAUGAUGGCAAAAAGCACAAAAAGAACGCAGCCAGGGCCGACUUAUUAGAACAACUAGGGAAGACAUUGGAUCUAGGAGAGUUGAGAGGUCUGAAGCGUAGUUACACUUGUAACAUCUGUAAUGUCACUCUAAACUCAAUAGAACAGUAUCACGCUCAUCUGAAGGGCUCCAAACAUCAGACCAACCUGAAGAAUCAAUAGUGAUUCAUCAAUCAAAAGAAGGAAAAAACAUCAAGAUUUUUUCUGUAAAGAAGAGUCUAUUAACCAAUAGAAAGGAUACUUUCUUGGACAAUGAGCAUUUCCUAUGUGGAUUCAUUAAUUAACGUAUAACUAAAUCUUCACUUUGGACAAAUACAUGGAUUUUCUUUUUUAAUUUUGUGGUGAGUUAAAAUAUUUGGAUGGAUUUUUUUUUUUUACCUUUUCAAGAUAAUAUAUUCAGCGCACAGUCUAAAGUAUGAUAAAUAUCCUUUAAGAAACAGCAUCUAAACAUCACUCAUCCUCAAAGACAGUGGAAAUAAAAUAUUUUAUUUUUUUCAUAUUUAUUCUUAGAUUUCUUCUGAGAAUAUAAAAUUGCUCUAUUAAAUUAUCCAUGAUUGUGAUGUAAUCAGUCUUCAACCAGAAAUAAACAUGAUUUCUUCACCUUC